CCGCUCCUCGGCAGUUGGCCUCUCACACCCGAGUGCUCAGCACACCGCACUCCCGCCACCACAUAAUGAACCAUAUUGCACCGGCUGCUACACCCGCUCUUGCUCUCUUACUCCGAUAAACAUCAGCCAUGCUACGUGAUACAAACGCGACGCGGCGUCUCUAGCAAACAUUUUGUCAAAAAUGUUCACUAAAACAUGGCACAGCUGCUAUUGAUAGUUGCAGCAUGGGCCAGCAGGGUAAGGGCGUGGGGCUGCGCGGGCGCGCAGCAGCGCGCUAUCGCUACCUGUUCCUGCUGGCCACCGCGUGCGGUGCCGGCGUGCUGCUGCUCUCCCUCCACAGCGGCUCAGACUUCCUCUUCCUCGCGCGAGAACCCCUCGCACCCCCCUGGGACCAUCGCCCUCACGUCUUCAACGUCGGACACCCCUUCACCAUCGACACUGAAGGCUGCACCAUCCCUGGCCUCAGCCCCUUCGAUCCAAACAUAAAACAAUUCAUAAUCGAACCAGAAAACACGUCAUGUCGCAACGGAAAUAUUACCUUCCUUCAAAACAACAGCACUCAUAUCUGGAUACAAAAAGAGUACCUUCCUAAUCUGCAUAUUAAUCCUGACAAUAUGACCUGUUGCUACAAAUCCUUUUACCGGCCAUUGUCAAUUGACGAUAUAACAUCAGUUUUUGUUGACGAAAGGGCUGAGUAUCAACAUUGUGUUUAUUUUUCAAACUACAUCGAAGUGAUAAAUGAGUUCGUUAAAGUAUCAUGUGAACAUGAAUACGGUACCUACGAACAAUUCUUCAUAUUCGCUCCCAAGAAACCUUUAAUGAAACGAAUGUUGUUCGAGGAGAUCCCUCCUCCACACAAUAAACACUGGUACAAUGUGAUUGUGAUGGGUCUAGAUGCAAUAUCCAGGUUGAAUUUCUAUAGAACUAUGCCUAAAACAGUAGCUUAUCUUAAAAUGAAAGGCGCGGUUGAAUUUAUGGGAUACAAUAAAGUGGGAGACAAUACUUUUCCUAAUUUAGCUGCGGUGUUGCUCGGGGUGCAGGACGCUGAACUUCAAACGACGUGUUGGCCUCACACUAGAGCCACAUUCGAUAAUUGUCCGUUCAUUUGGGAGAGAUUCAAGAACAUCGGCUACUACACGGCUCUGGCAGAGGAUAAUGCCAAACUAGGUACGUUCAAUUUUGGUAAAAUUGGGUUUAUCGGCACUCCUACCGACUACUAUACACAUACUUUCAUGAGCGAAGCAGAGGAAAAAGCUGGAAACAAUUUAGAUUUUAAUAGUUAUCUAUGUAUGGGUAACAAGUACUUUUACCAAGUGCUUUUAGACUAUAUUCUAGAUCUUUCUUCGACAUUAAAGUCUUCUAAAUUAUUUGGCUUUUUUUGGGAAGUAAGCAUGAGUCACGAUUAUUUAAAUUAUCCCAUGCUUAUGGACGAUGGUUACGAGGAAUUCUUAAAAAAACUUGAUAGUUCUCAGUACCUGGAUAAUACAAUUUUAAUAUUUAUGAGCGAUCAUGGAAUACGUUGGGGCGAUAUUCGCUAUACUAAACAAGGUCGGUUAGAAGAACGGUUGCCUUUGCUGCACAUAUUAGUACCACCAUCAUUUCGCAAAAAAUACAGUAAGGCAUACGAUAACUUGAGACUGAACAGCAGGCGGCUCACCACACCAUUCGACGUGCACGCCAUGCUCGUCGACCUAGCUGACCUUGAUAGCAUAACAGACAAGCGGAUCCACCAACGCACUGAAACAGCCUACAGCCACGGAAGGAGUAUUAGUUUAUUUCUGCCAGUGCCUAGCAACCGAACGUGCGAAGCAGCAUAUAUCGAUGAUCACUGGUGUACCUGUCAUAAGAGUUAUGAGACAGCGACGGACAGUGGGGAAACGCGCGAGGCAGCGAUGCAUCUGGUACGGCACCUGAACUCACUGCUUCGGGAGCACCCGGAAUGCGCGCGACUGAAGCUGGGCAGUGUGCUGGAGGCGCGUGAGCUGGUGGCUGGAACGCCGGAUAAAAAAGAGCUGGGCUGGCGAGAGUACCUAGUGGUGGUGCGCGUCGAGCCAGGCGGCGGUGUGUUUGAGGCGACGUUGCGCCGCGAGACCCACCACUGGGCCCUCGCCGGCACUGUCAGCCGGCUCAAUUUGUACGGUGACCAAAGCCACUGUGUGCAUCACUUCCGACUUAAACUCUACUGCUACUGUGAAUGAAACUGCGUCUUUUCCGACGGACUAAACGCGAAAAUUAACAAAUGCUGUGAUAUUAUCAAAAUUUUGUGAAUAUGUAGGAACUCGUAUACAAGUAGAUGUACUAUGUUAAAAUAUUUUGCUCAACAUGUAUCCCGACCUAAGUAGGUAGUAGGUACGGCUCAGUAGUACAGAAGGUCGUCAAGUGUUGCUAUUGUGUCUGUUGUGUUUUAAAAGUAGGCAUUUUUUGUAAUGUUCCACAUAUUCUGUUAGUUUAUUUCUUCUGUAUAUACUUAGUACUUAGGUACUGUAAUGUAAAAGCAUAACAGACUUCUAGCUGGAAGAGGGUACCUAAUUAAAUGCGACGUUUUAUUUAAAGGAACAACGAUAUUAAGUACCUAAUUUAUUAAUAAUAAUAAUAUAUGUAAAUUUUGUGUUAAAAAAUAUGAAAGAGCAAUUCGGUGUUCGACAUUUGUCGCUUGUUUUUCCAGAGUCAUACAUAUUUUAUCGUAACAUAUUCGUAAUGUUAAAUGAGAUGUGAUUCAAACGCCAUCUUUCAUCACUUCACUCGAUCCCUGCUAUCAUUGAAUGAAGUGCAUGAACCGAUCAGCGUGUUGCGCUACAUUACCAUCCCAAUGUAUAUUUUGACGAAUAGUAAAUUCUAGAGGAAACCUUAGGAUCAAUUGGGACCUUUCCUCUAUUUACAGUGCUGUAAUCAAAUUGACAUGGUAAUCCUGAUCAUAAUAGAGCCUUAUAAGACUGAUAAUUUUGCACAUGUGAGUUAAUUUUGCACUGAUAAUUUUGGUUCCAAAUGUGUAAAAUGUUCUUAGUACAGCGAAGAUAUAGAAGUAAGAAAAUACAUCGGCUCGGAACUAUAAUCUAAUAAACAUUGUAUUAUAGUAAUGUAGGUGUGUUGUGUUAUGUGGUAAUUAAAGCGUAUUGAAAUUGUACAUAGUUAUAAUUUGUAGGUGCGAAAUAAAUAUGGCUACAUAUAAUUUUUUAUGUUAAAUAAACAAUCUUUGUUUUAAAUGAA